AGCUUGUUGUACAAGAAUUUAGGUCCCAAAAGCUCGAGUUAUUCUGUAUCAAUCAUCAGAAGCUUUCUUACUCCGAGUAGAUUCUGAUUCUCCCUCGUCCGUCCUUUAUAUAUAUUCUCCUUUACAAUUACACACACACACUGAAGCUUCACACCCAAACCUUAACAGGAAAAAGAUGAUCAGGUUGUUUAAAGUAAAGGAGAAACAGAGAGAACUUGCUGAGAAUUCUGAUGGUAAGCCUCCAGUCAAGAAGCAGAGUGCUGGAGAACUACGACUCCACAAAGUGUUCCUAAAGCUCUUAAUACCCGAGAUUGCCUAUUGGGCAGCAACUGGGCUGUAAUCCUGGCUUCGAAGAAUAUGAAGGGGCAGUAUGCCAAUAUAAGUGAAUUAAACCUACCAAAGACAUGCAGCAUUUCAUUUCCCAACGGAAAGGAUGAUCUAAUGAACUUUGAAGUCAUAAUUCGACCUGAUGAAGGAUAUUACUCAGGGGGGUUGUUUACAUUCACCUUCCAAAUUUCACCUAUAUAUCCUCAUGAAGCACCAAAGGUCAAAUGCAAGACAAAGGUCUACCACCCAAACAUUGACUUGGAAGGAAAUGUUUGCCUUAACAUUCUGCGGGAAGACUGGAAACCUGUCCUCAACAUAAACACUGUCAUCUAUGGCUUGUAUCAUCUGUUCAUAGAACCAAACCAUGAGGAUCCGCUUAAUGCUGACGCUGCUGCAGUGCUGAGGGACAACCCGAAGUUAUUUGAGACCAAUGUGAGAAGGGCAAUGACUGGUGGUUAUGUCGGAAACACAUACUUUAGUCGAUGUGUAUAGGGUUUGAAGGUAGUAGCAUCAAGUUAUAACGUUUAAAUUGCAAAUGCCUUCAUAUUCAGUCUGUAAAAAUGUUUUAAUGGAUUAAUUUCCUUAGAGGAUGUUUUGCUGCACAGGUUCGAAGUCACUGCACUUCCCUGAAACUUUGGAAAAAAUUUCUUUUCAUGUAACAUUUGAUGUAACAUUAUUUUGUUAAAGAUUUGUCAGUACAACAGUGAGUUUAUUAGCUGAAA